CAUCAAACCAUUACUCGCCCUCCGACCGCCAAGGACUGGUAUCACUUGCGGUAGCCACUCAGGAGCAGGGGAGUUUCCUCCCAGCAAGUCGACAUUUGAGAAAGAGGAAGAAGAGGACAAGGUCGCCAUGAAUUGUCUGUCCUGGUGGCUCCCCAUCUUGGUCUUGCCGCUGCCUAUCUGUCCACCAGAGCUCUUUGUCCUCUUCCUGAUCGCUUACGUGCUUCGGACGAAACCAUGCGUCUACUGCUGUCUGGUACUCUUUGGCCUGUCGAUCUCGACAUUCUACUGGUCGGAAUUAAGCUUUCUCACUAGCAAGAUGGCUACGGAUCAUCCUCUCAGGGUCUGGAAUAUCGCAUUGCCUGCCGUUUCUGGUGCACAGCCAGCCGGUUUUCAGCUGCAGUGGGGGUGGCCGAGCGGAGGGAGUGCAGCGGGGUAAGGGGAGCCUAGGCUGAUGUCCUGCUGUUGAUAAUGGCAUUUGUCUGUGCCCCAUUUCGCAAUCGGGAUGAGCCGCCGCCUCGGUGCCCCGAUUCUGUCCCACGGCUUCUGCUGCAUCUCCGUUCCGACGUGUCUACGCCACGCCAGGUGGUGCUUACGUGCGUAGACAGAUGUGCCGAUCAUGUCGUGCCUCGGUUGUAUUUUGAGGCCAUCUCUGGCGUGUAGGCGAAUCUGCCAGCCCAAGUCACCGGUCCCUUGGCAGAGCGAUCGAGAGAUGGAGUAUCCCCCCACUUGCGCCUGCAGAGGAAACGCAAGGGAUGGGGAG